AUGCAGAUUUUGAAAAAGAUUUGUUUCCUUCUGAUUUUUCCGCUCCUCUUAAUUAGUGCUGAUGACUUCUUGGAAGAAGAAAUACAGUUGGAGGAUAAGAAAGAUACAGAUAAUGUAUUGGGAGCAUUUGUUACUGAAUUUUUCGCUGAUUCACAAUGGCAGCUAAUCGUUGAUCUUGAUUUCUUCAAAACGUUAUUUCUUCGUCCAACUAACAAAUUUGAGAAAGCAUUGAAAUCAGGUGAUGAAUCUUACAUCGAACGGUUGCUUACUUUGCUGGAACCAUUAAAGGAAUAUGACGUAUCAUCACCUUGUCUUGCCGAUAUAGCAUAUUUCUUAUGGACGGCUAUGGAUUAUACUCGAUCUAAUGGGCGAAAUAGUGACUGUACUAAUUGUACUUGUGAAUUUCAAAUGCGUAAUCAUCAGAGUUAUCAGUGGAUUUUUAACGUAAUGGAUGCAAUGGGUAAGGUACCGGCUGGUAUCUUAAGCGGCAACAAUCUCUGGAUUGGGUCUUGGAGUGCAUGUCGACGGAUUUCAGUUGUCAAAAAUCGCCAGCAGCAGAAAUGGUCGGGCCAGUAUUGUCUGGCUACCUUUCAGCCAUACAGUUCUGCUGAUCCGUUCAAAAGCAUUGGUUCAAGUUUUAUUGAGGAUCCAGAUGAAUAUUGCAAAAGGCCAAAUACUUGGCGCUCAAAUGAAACAAAUAAUGAAAGUAACAAAUGCUUUACUUUAAUUCCACUUCUCAACUAUGGGGUUUGCACACCAGAUUCUUGCACGAAUUAUGAUGUAAAGAAAGUUUUCGAAUUAGUUUACAAAUUAGCUGAAAGUGCGAUUGGUCGACAAGUGGUGUGCGAUGUGAAUAUUGUUUGUCAUAAUAAUUUACCUCACUCCCAGCUUUCUCAUGAUUCGAGCUCACUGAUUGUGCUAUUCUUUAUACUCCUUAUAUUAGUGUUGAUGCUUUUCGGCACUCUCUAUGAUUAUCUUGUUUAUCAAGCGGAAUUAACGAAUGGAAAUGAGAUGUUUAGUAAAAAACAAAGUUGGUUCCAAAAAGUAUUGUUAGCAUUUUCGGUUUACACCAAUGGACGAAAUAUCUUAAAAACUGAAAAAAAAAGUAAUCAAAUCCAUUGCCUUCAUGGUACUAGAGUGCUCAGUAUGUUCUGGAUUAUCCUCGGUCAUUCAUAUUACUACAUUGUUAGUACUCUAACAGUUGAUAAUUUAUUACCCACAAUGAUCGCAUUUCCGCAGAAAUUUUUCAAUCUUAUCAUUGUGCAAGCACCGCUUGCCGUUGAUUCAUUUUUUUAUCUUAGUGGUAUGUUAACUUCAUAUUUGUUUAUGGAAAAGUUUAAAGUGGAAGCUGCAAAAGGUCGUUCAAUAUAUUCAUUAGAUAUGUGGUUGCUUUUCUAUAUUCAUCGAUAUAUCCGACUUACUCCGAUAUAUUUAAUGAUUAUGGUUCUGGAUAUCACACUGUUGACACAUUUCUCCGAUGGACCAUUUUGGCGGCCAAUUGAAGCAAAUUAUUGUCGCAAAAGUUGGUGGACUAACCUAAUUUACAUGAAUAAUUUUUUACUGCAAGAUGUUGAAGUUUGUAUGGGAUGGACUUGGUAUAUGGCUAAUGAUAUGCAAUUUCAUAUAUUUUCACCGAUACUUCUUAUACUUUUGUACAGAAAUCAGCUUGCUGGUAUCGUCAUUGCGUUAUCAUUGAUCACCGUGUCAUCCCUGGUACAUUUAUUCAUCAUUCUUGCAAAUAACUAUCCACCUGCUCCCAUACUUACUGCCAAACUACAACUAGUACAGGAUCUGAGCACAUAUUGGCCGGAUGUGUAUGUGAAACCAUAUAUUCGUUGCAAUCCGUAUAUAAUUGGCAUAUUGAUGGGAUACGCAUUACAUAAAUGUGCACUUCGGCCCACAUUUUCUAGGUGGAAAGUAAUAGCAGGUUGGGCGCUGUCUACCAUUUUUGGACUUUUAGCCGUAUUUGGCUUGUAUAAUUAUGCACGUACAGGCGAUAUAUCAGAUGCGGUACGUAUUAUUUAUGCUUUAUUCGGACGUAAUGCAUAUGCAUUAAGUUUAGCAUGGGUUACUUUUGCAUGCGCUACUGGAUAUGGAGGAGCAGUAAAUGAUAUAUUAGGUUGGCGAGCUUGGAUACCAUUAAGUCGUAUAACAUUUUGUGCAUAUCUCAUUCAUCCUAUUCUACUUCAAAUUUAUUAUUUAAGUCGACCACAUGCUUUCCAUUUCACUACCGUUUAUCAGAUGGCAUGUUCUUCAAUAACUUUUCUCUACCAGUUUGCUAUAGCCGUUGCAUUGGCAUAUUUUACGGGAUUGUUCUUAAGCUUAGCAUUCGAGGUACCCGUGUUUAACUUGGAAACUCUGUUGAUCGAUAAAAUUAUGGAAAAAAUAAAGGCACGUCAACAUCGGAAACCACCACGGGUAAAAGUAGAAUUUGGUAUGAUGAAUAAUGAUGAUGCAGACGAUAUAGCUUUAAAGGAAACAAUAAUGAAAUCAUAUACUGAUGAUGUUGCUUUAAGUGAAAAAUAA